UCUCUGAUACUCAUGAAAUUUAAGGAACUACUCAUGGAAGCUUCACAGCAACAUAGUAACAAGAGACAUGACUUAGAGGAAGGAGUAAUGCAUCUUAAAGAGAGACUAGAGGAAGAAGAAGCAAUAAAGAGAACUCUAAAGGCUGCUUUCGAUGGCUCUGUUGUGUCUCUUCCAAGUAUGUCCUCAUUGUUUCUUCCACCUCAGUGUUUGCUGUCUAAUAGCUUUCCGAGCUUAUACAAGAAUUAGCCGUCGUGGAGGCAGAGAUUUAUGUCUAGACCGAAAAAUCGAGGAGCUAAAGCUUAAACUAUAUUACGAACAGAGACAAAGGCAAGAGAUGCAAUUGCAGAUGACCGAGCAGAAGAGGACAGUGGCAAGGCAGAGCCACGUGAAACAGAGUACUCUGCCUCUAAGACAUGAUCUUCAUCAACGAUCUUUGUCUCUGCU